AUGCAAGCAGACAAAGGCGGAUACAGGCAGAUCAACAAGUCGUUGAAUAUAUGUGCGUUUGAAGACUAUCUACAGGGACAAACAACGAAUCUGCCGAAACUACCGAAUGUCGAGCAGCUCACGCCUCGAGUUCUACGUAUACUGGGUCAGAAUCCCGGAAAGUUCACAUAUCAAGGUACCAACACCUAUGUCAUCGGCACUGGCACGCAUCGACUUAUCGUGGAUACUUCUGGGGGGGAACCAGCGUGGGCUGAACUGGUCUCGUCCACACUCGAAUCCAUGGGUGUCAGCUUGUCUCAUGUCUUGCUGACUCACUGGCACGGAGAUCACACUGGCGGCGUCCCUGACCUUCUGAGAUUGUAUCCGCACUUGGAAGGGUCGAUAUACAAGAAUGAGCCAGACAAGGGCCAGCAGAAUAUUACCGAUGGCCAGGUUUUUAGAGUCGAGGGAGCGACUAUCCGUGCUGUACAUGUUCCCGGACACUCGGAAGACCACAUGUGCUUCGUUCUGGAGGAGGAGCAGGCCAUGUUUACCGGUGACAACAUCCUCGGUCACGGAACAAGCGCCGUAGAGGACUUGGGCAUCUUCAUGGCCAGCCUACAGAAGAUGUAUAUGCAGAAUUGCCCCGUUGGCUUCUCUGCACAUGGAGUCACCAUCACUGAUUUGCCGGCGAAGCUGAAAAAGGAAUUGGAUGGCAAGCUGAGACGCGAGAGACAAGUAAUGCAGGCGCUUGGUCGCGCUCGUACCCGUGGUGAGAGGAGCAUCACCGUACAGGGCCUUGUCACCGAAAUCUACGGCGAGGCGUUGGAGGAGAGCACUCGAACUCUUGCAUUAGAACCGUUCAUUGACGAGGUUCUAAGAAAGUUGGCGGGUGACUGCCGUGUUGCUUUUGAGAUCCGCGGGGGCAAGAAGAAGUGGUACUCUGUAGAGGCAAUGCCGCAAAAUGCGGGAGGGCUGAUGCCGGGCCCGAUGACUGCCUCGAGGGCCGAUGCUCGUGUUCAAGUGAUGUAG